AGAUCACGGUCAACUGGUUGAAGGAUGGGAAAAGAAUACCGGCUGCCCAGACCAACAUCCUGAAUUCUUAUGAAAAGCAGAACAUUUCAUACCAAGUGGAGAGCAGGGUGGAAAUCCCGCUGGAGGAAGGAGAUAUGAAGUCUCAGCUGACCUGCCAGAUCCAACACAGAUCGUUGGAUGGUCCUCUCCAGCAGACCUUUGCACUUGGGACUAUCCUAAGAGUUCCUCCCAAGGUGCGACUUGAGAUCAACCCACCUUCUCCCAUCCAGCUGAACACCCCGGUGACGGUCACUUGCAAUGCAGAAAGCUUUUAUCCAGAAGAUGCAAAAGUGGAGUUGUUUGCCAAGGGUGCCCAAGCCAAAAAAGGAAAGGUUGGCAUGAAGACCUCGAAUCCCGAUGGGACCUUUUCCCUCAACAGCAGCCUCGAGAUGAUGGCCACCGAAGACGUGAACUUCUCCAUGUUCCUUUGCCUGGUCCAGCAGGAUUCCCAGUCUCGGGUCAAUGAAACCGCCACGCUCUUCAUUACGCAACAACUAGAAGGAAACAAGCAAUCCACAGACACACCACAACUAUCCAUCUCUGUUCUCUGCAUGGCGCUUUUCCUGAGCAAAGUAGUCAUCCUUUCCAUCUCUUCCUUUCUCUUAAUAAAGAAGAUUAGAUGCAACAGUCAGAACUGAAGAAGCUUCUUGGAUGAGAA